AUGCGCGUCCGAGUUGACAUCGCAGACCUGCAGCUGGCAGCGCUGCCGAGCCUAGAGGGUCGCCCCCUGGUGGCCAUCAGCAAGCACCUCUGCGGCCCCGCCACAGACUUGGCCCUCAGGUGCUGCCUGAACGCCUCACAAACAAGCCAGCCCAGUCAACCGGGUCAACUGGGUCAACUGGGUCAUCAGGGUCAACCCAUUGAAGAGAGUCAUCUCAAUCAAGGUCAACAGGAACCCAGUCAACAGGGUCAACAAGGUCAACAGGGUCAACCCAGUCAAGAGAGGCAACAGGGAACGCGCCUGGCAGGGCUAGCCAUUGCUACGUGCUGCCAUCACCUGUGCGACUGGGAUUCUUAUGUCAACCCGGCCUUCUUCACGCGUCUGGGCUUCGCCCCAUCGGACUUUGCAGCAGUGGCGUGGAUGAGCAGCUGGGCGCUGCUGGGGGAAGGUAAGGGCGCAACAGGGGGUGGUGAGGGCGCAACAGGGGGUGGUGAGGGCGCAACAGGGGGUGGUGAGGGCGCAACAGGGGGUGGUGAGGGCGCAACAGGGGGUGGUGAGGGCGCAACAGGGGGUGGUGAGGGCAUGAAUGGGGAGAGCAUGGGAGGUGGUGAGGAGGGUCAAGAUGCAGGUGAGGAGGCAGGUGGUGCGGCAGCAGCAUCAGGAGCUGUCCCGUCAAUAGCAGCAGCAGCAGCAGCCAAGCGGAAUGGAACAGUAGUGGGAAAGGAAGGUGUGGAGGAAGAUCAGCCACAGGAGGCAGCAGCAGCAGCAGCAGCAGCAGCAGCAGCACAGGCAGCAGCAACAACAGAGGCAGCAAGCAGGCCGUGGUUCGCCCAUCUGUCAGUGGAGCACAAGGUGCAGGUGGGGAGGGCGUGCAAGAUGCUGAUAGAUGCGGGGCGGCUGGAGUGGCUUCAAGGCAGGGGGCUGGGGGUGGAGUAUGUGGAGUACACUACUGUUGAUGUGUCGCCGGAAAACAGGAUGCUGCUUGCUGUUGGCAGCCAAGAAAAUCAUAAAGAUGCAUUUGGGAACAGACUUCAGUAG